CUGUUACGUCGUCGUCUUUAUCUCAGCUCCUUUUUCGGAGGAAAACAAAGCCAGUUAACGUUGAAUGUCGUCAAAUUAGCAUUAGAAAUUAGUGCCGUUACACGAAUUGUAACCGCACACCAGACCAACACGGCAGCAUCUAACGGCAGUGGCAAGCUUGAAAGUCCACCAGCUCUCCUAAUGAUACAUCAGCAUUAAGGGUAUUUCCAUACUUUCUAAGGAUGGCUAGUUGUGGGGAGGUAGACCACUCUGUUAGCUCACUUCCAUCCAGUAAGAAAGGCAGCAACAGUGGUGCUGGAAGUGGGAACAGUGCCGAAUCGUCUUGCUCUGGCUCCAGCAACUCAUCCCCAGCCCUGUCUGUACCGGAGUGUGCCAUCUGUCUGCAGAGCUGCGUCCACCCAGUCCAACUGCCAUGCCAUCACGUCUUCUGUUUCCUGUGUGUGAAGGGAGCAUCCUGGCAGAGCAAACGCUGUGCUCUCUGCAGACAGGAAGUACCGGAUGACUUCCUGGAAAGGCCAACACUUCUCUCUCCAGAGGAGCUGAAGGCAUCCGCGGGAGGCCGGGGCGGGGCGGCAAGUGAUCACGCCUGGUAUUAUGAGGGCCGUAAUGGUUGGUGGCAAUAUGAUGAGCGAACCAGCCGCGAGCUGGAGGACGCUUUCUCCAAAGGCAAGAAAACAGCUGAAAUGCUGAUUGCUGGUUUUUUGUAUGUAGCCGACUUGGAGAACAUGGUGCAGUACAGGCGCAAUGAGCACGGUCGGAGACGCAAGAUGAAGAGGGAUGUUUUGGAUAUCCCCAAGAAGGGAGUGGCAGGACUGCGUUUGGACACUGAGGGUGUUAUUGGGGCAGCUGGUCGAGAAAACUCUGCUGACGGGGCUGAUACCACAGUAGCAGGUGUACAGCAGCAGGCCACAGGUAUCCCCUCUACUGGUACAGUCACUGCCAGACCUCCCACCUCCCUUGGUGGUCAGCCUGGCAGCAGCAUUAGCCCCACUCUGGAGGAUGCUCUCUCCCAAUUGCAAAUCAGCCCCAGGCCCACACCUUCCAAUGAGCGCUCUGAGGCUGGGGAAGGAGUGGAAGAAGAUGAGGAAGAGGAGGCGUCACCCUCCAGGUCCUCUGACCCUCAUACGUCUGUGGACGAGUCUGGUUCUGGGGACUGGAGUGAUGAUGAGGACGAGGAUAAUGAAGAAGAGGAGGGGGGAGAUGGAGAGCGUGUGGAGCCCUGGGAGGGUAGGCCACGGAGGCAAAGACUGAAUCCAGAGGACAGAGCCCCUCCAGGCGCAGAGUCCGCCUCUCCCCCUUCUUCCUCCAGUAGCAGUGGACUGUCCAGAAUGCCUGAUGGCCAGUGUACAGUGACUGAAGUGUGAAGUCCUUAAUGAUACCACCACCACCAAAUGGCUAUGUUCCAUUUCAUUAAUUUAUUCCUCACUGUAUGCUGUCGUUCACUCUGUCACAGAUCCAAUGUGGGUGGAUUGCUCGGUAAAAGAGAAAUUAAGCAAAACAUACUCCCAUGAUUUUAGGUAUAACAAAUCAUUGUGAGCCAAAUAGAGGCACACAUU